GGGAAAUGGGGCAAUGCAGCGUUCAGAAUUGUUUCACCUUAGGGCUGAGGUUGCCGGACUACACUAAAUCUUGAGAUUUGUUGGUUGAAGCCUAUGCAGACAACUUUCAGAUUCCUUAGCCUCCAGCUCAACUCCAUGAACCAUCACCGUUCUUGAACAAAUCACACAUCGUGUCUUACCUGCAUCGAUACUGGGACAUCAUUUUUCAUGGCAGCUUUUCAGACCACUCCAUGGAGAUUGAUUUCUUGGAUCUUAGGAAUAAUGUGCAUUUCGUUGCUGGCUACUUUGGGAAUUUUGUUGAAAAAUUUAUUUACUAAACCAAGUAUUGAGCCAACAAUCUCUCCCAGACUCAACACAGAACGCCAGCAAGGCUCUGACUGCUGUUCUUGCCAAGAAAGGUGGAUUGGGUAUCAAUGCAACUGUUACUUCAUUUCUAAUGAAUUAAAAACUUGGGCAGACAGUAAGGAUUUCUGUAUUUCUAAAAACUCCAGUCUACUUCAGAUACAAAAUGAAGAUGAGCUGCACUUUAUGAAGUACAGUAAAAAUUUUUACUGGAUUGGACUCUCGUACAGUGAAGAACAUCACACCUGGUUAUGGGAGAAUGGCUCUGCUGUCUCCCCAAAUCUAUUUCCAUUCCCUCAAACUGCAAAUCCAAAGAACUGCAUAGCAUAUAGCCCAAGCAACAGUAUUUUGGAUGAAGACUGCCAAGGGGAAAAUCGUUACAUCUGUAAGCAACAGCUUACUUAGGUAUUUCUUGGAACAAAAGGGGUGGUCAAUGAAAAUCUAGAAUUCCUUAGAAUGGUACUGUUCCCUCUUACAUGAGUAGUAAUUACCUAUUGCUGGCAUCUGUAAAAUGUUUCAAACUAUGUUGUAUCAUACAUUUUUUAUUUAUUUGAAACUGUGUGUUUUAAAAUUGAUGAGAUUUGUGCACCUACGCUUGAAAUUAUAAAGUGUUAAGAUAAAGAAUUUCAUGAAUAUUUUGAUUUAAUGCAUAUGUUUAGUGUGAAAUUGAAUAAAGAUUUAUGCAUAUAUUCUUGUAAAUUCUUUCUGCAUAAAUUUAAGGAAAAAUUAAUUUACACAAAAUAAUGUGUAUCAACAUCAUUUUAGCCUUUUGAAGGGCAUACUGAAUUGGGAAGUACCAACUCAUCUCGCUUUUCUGGAAAUAAAAAUAAUUUUAAUGCUCUUUGUUAGUUCUUUCUGGA